CAGACUAAUUCUACUUGCUCUUCUGGUGAAGGAAGUUUACUUUUACUUACAAAAGAUGUCUACUCUACUGGAAAAUAUCAUUGCCAUUAUCAAUCUAUUCCAUGACUAUUCAACAACAGACAAGGAAACUGACACACUGAGCAGAAAAGAACUGAAGGAGCUCCUGGAAAUGGAGUUUCAGCCAAUCCUGAAGAAUCCAGAUGACCCAGACACUGCUUACGUCUUCAUGCAUAUUCUUGAUUUAGACCAUGACAAGAAAAUAGACUUCUCAGAGUUUUUUCUGAUGGUAUACAAAUUGGCUCAAGCAUACUAUGAUAAGACCAGAGGACAGAACUUCCAAGCAUCAGAGCAAAACCAAGAAAAAUAUGCAUACCACACACAAGAUGAAGAAAAUGACAUAAGGGAUGAUGAAGUACAAGAAGAGAAAGAAGAAGAAAUUAGAAAAUCCAGUCAAUCAGGAAAAAGUCAUAGAAAGGGGAAGAAAACAAUAUCCAAUAACCCAAAAGGAAGACGAGGAAAGGGACAUGAACAGAUACCAGACAGCUCAAGACAUGCAAGAUCCUAUAAGGGUGAGACAGCGGACAGUGGACACUCUGAGUCGGGGUCUCCCCAUCACCAAUUAUCCAAUCAGGCACACAGGCCUAGACAAUCACACUCUGAGCAUGGAAAAUCAUCACCUGAAAUCAGGCCAGUGAAAAACCCAGGGUCCAGGAUUAGUCAGGACAGUGAUAAUGAAGGACACUCAGAAGAUUUGGAAAGACAGUUUGGAUCUGGCUCAGGAAACCAACAAGGAUCUGCCCAUGGCCAUGGAGGAGAUAGCUCUAGACACUCUGAGUCUCAUCAGUGGCAGAGAGACAACCAUGGACAGCCUAAGUCUACCCAUAGAUGGUCAGGCUCUCAUACCAGAAGAAGACAAGGAUCUAGUCAUGGACACUCUACACACACCUCAAAACAAUCAAGGUCUCCUUAUGAAGACACAUCCUCUCAAGGAUCCUCCUUCCAUAGGCUGUCAAAACCAAGAACAACAGGAAGACAAGAAUCCCAGCAUGAGCAGUCAGCAGACAUAUCCAAAUACUCAGGUACUGAAUAUGGACAAUAUUCCUCCAGAUCUAAGGCAAGCAGGUAUCAGGAAUCCAGUGUAAGUCAGGACAGUGACACUGAAGGACAUUCAGAAGAUUUGGGUAGAGAAUCCUCAAUGACCCACAAAAGAACUGAGUCCACAUUAAAGAAUCAACAUUGGUCUAACCAUAGCAGGUCAGCUGAUGGGUCCAGGCAAACAGGCUCCCAUCAAGGGAAGAGGAAUAUACACAGGGAGUCUAACGCUAUACACCAAGAUGCAGGACCGACCACCAGAGAAAGACAAGGGUGCCAUCCAGAGCAGUCACAGGAUAGCACCAGACACUGGGAAACUGGACAUGGACAAAUCUCUUCUGGAUCUGGUAACACCAGACACCAGGGAUCCAGUUUCAGUCAGGCCAGUGACAGUGAAGGACAAUCAGAAGACUCAGAUAUUCAGUCAGGGUCAGUCCAGGAAUGGUCCGGGUCCAAUCAAAGGAGACAACACGGCAGUGCACAUGGCAGUCCUGACCACUCAGGGUCUUACUUCUACACGAUACCCUCCCAAGAACAGUWUGACUCUGCCCACGGACAGUCUCAACCCAGUACCAGGGGGAGACAAGGAUCCCGCCAUGAGCAGGCACAUGACAGCUCUAGACAUGCAGGAUCCCAUGAGGGUCAGGCAGCUGAUGGUGGGCACUCUGAGUCAGGAUCCCGCCACCAGCAACCAUCCACUUGGACAUAUGGCUCUAGGCAAUCACAGUCUGGGCAUGGACAAUCGUCAUCUGAAUUCAGGCCACUGAGAAACCGAGGGUCCAGUGUCAGUCAGGACAGAGACAGCGAAGGGCACACUGAAGAUUCGCAGAGUCAGUUUGGAUCUGGCUCAGGAACCCAACACGGCCAUGCACAAGACAGCUCUAGACGCUCUGAGUCUUAUCGAGGGCAGAGAAACAAUCAUGGGCAGUCUGAGUCUGGCCAUGGACACUCAGACACUGGUAGUAGAAGGAGACAAGGAUCUAGUCAUGGACACUCUGUCAAUAACUCCAGACAAUCAGUGUCUCUUCAGGGACAGAGUGAAAAUCAUGGGCAACCUGCGUCAGGAUUUGGAGAGUCUCAGCAUGGUAGUGGAAAUCUUGAUUCCAGCUAUAUGGAAUCCAGAGACAUAGUUGAGUCUGGAGAUGAAUUUAUGUCAUCCAAUAUAACAGUUAGUAAUAUUAACCCAGAAAUAUCAGUCCAUUCAAUGGGUAAUUCAAAGAAGUUGGGAUUUAUUCAGUCACAAAAUUAUUAUUAUUUUGAGUGAGAAACCAAUAGAAAAAUAACUAAAAGGGUAGGAACCUGAGCUAAGACAUAAUUUUGGAUCAAGAAACUUCGCAUUAUACCUGCAAAGAGUUUUCUUACCAUUUUACUUUAAAUGGGUUACAGUAUUUCUUUCCUCUGGUGAUAGUUUCAUUUCUUCGUUGGGUAGGUUUAAACCUUUGGUUAGGAAAUUGUCAGUGGGCAAAAUCUAUGUCAUUUAGAACUAAAUUUAGAAAACUCAAUAUUUUGGGUAGUUGGGAGUUCAAAUAAGGACUGUCUUUUGAGAUGUUAAAUUUAUGAUCUUUGUAGAUUUUCACAUUUUCUUUGCC